CAGGAUGGGGCAGAAUGUCCGGCUUAGAGAUGGUGUUGUGCCCACCCUUUUCAACUUUCCAGCUCAUCUUCAAAGGUCGGUAGCAACAAGAAGCACAACCACAGCUAAAAGAGUGGAAGACAACCUGGCAAUGGACUUGAUGCCUGAUGUUGGAGCUACUGGAGAGAGGAGAUUGAGCCGCAAGCGGCAGGCCACUGACGACCACUUGUAUGCAUUGCCUGCUUGCCCUACGGCUAUGAAGGCCAAACCUGAAGAAGCCUCAGCGAGAGUGAGGAAACUGCAGCGGGAGAAGAUCAAUGGCUUCAGGAGAGAAAACAGGGCCAAGAACAACUUGCAGGCUGUUAUGGAGGAACUGAAGGAGAAAAAUCUCAUCAACGAAGAGCUGAAAGACAAGCUUGAAUUCUACUCAGAUCGUCCAGUUCAUCUCCUGUCGAGGCAGGGCGUAGAGUACACCAAGGCCCAGAGAGAUUUUGCCCUUACGCUCCAUCUGCAUGGUCCAAAGGCAUAUCACUACUUGAGAGAUACUCUGCACAUUCACCUGCCACAUCCCAGUUCAUUGCAGAGGUGGCUGGAAUAACAACCCUAAUGCUUGCCAGUUCAAAUACAUCUUCAGAAAGCUGAUGGCCCAGUGUGGAGUUGUUAAACCAUGCAGAGGCAAUGUGACUGCACCGGAUGAGACAGAGUCCCUAUCAGCGGUCAUCGACACCUCUACAAGCCUGUCAGCUGUAGAUAUGUCCUCUCUAGCAGGAGGAGAAGAUCUUCCAUCCCCGUUUGCCGACAUUCCUGCCCUAGUACAUGACCACAGCUACCUUCCCGUCCGCUACGAUGGUCUUGUGGACAACUCUCUCGUGUACAUUUCAGGUAAAGGCUGACCAUAAGUCGAUUUAGCCUAUAACCGAUAAUGCCAAUAGUCAACUCUGUGAGAGAACAAUCUUGACAGUCCAGAAAAAGAAAUGUCUCCUUAAUUUCCCCACGCAUAUUAUUAUAAGUUAUGAUAUUAUACUAACCCAAAUUUCAGGAUUUGAGGUGAGACGGGCUCUGAAGAAGCUGUCCUGUGAUGUCUGCCGUGCCAGCCUGGUGACAGACGCUGCCUCUGCCAUCAAG